CAAGACACUGCGCAGUGAAUAAAAUUAAAAAUAAUCUUAAACUUGGAACUUGUCUAUUGGAUGUCGCUCAGUGCGAGCAAGAAAAUACGAGUUGUGUUUGACGAUGAUAACUUACAAUAACGUGGCAAAAUCAUCAUAAUCGGUAAUUCAGAGGCUGAGCAACACAGAAAAUAUUUUCCAAAGUCAAUUUAUUCUUAAGAUGCGCUUGCUGUUUGCAGUUUAUUUCAUCGCAAGUGUCCUUGCGCCGUUCGCUGUUUUAAGCGACGCCAGGCAACAGUCAUGUACCGCUAAUCACUGCGGUGAGAUCACCAAAGCCAUUAGGACGCUUGGAACAAAAGUGAACAAUCUUAUUGCAAUGGUAAAGGACGCUUUGCCUUCGAAGCCUACAGCCGGUCCCUUCUCCUCUUGCAAGGAACAGUACCACAUAGGAAGAUCGAGACGAAGCCAAGUAUACCCGCUGAUGUUUGGUUCACAAAAGAUCCCUGUUUACUGUCACAUGGGAAACUUUGGAUGUGGGCAUGGAGGAUGGACACUAGCCAUGAAGAUCAAUGGCGCGAAGAGAACCUUCCAUUACGAUUCCAAUUUCUGGAGGAACAGAAAUGCCUAUAACUUUUUUGGAGGCAGGACUGGCUUUGACUCACAAGAGACCAAGUUACCAACCUACUGGAGCACAUCCUUCUCCAAGAUCUGCCUCGGUAUGAAGAUUGGUCAUCAGCUCAGGUUCAUUGUCAUCAACAGGCACGCCAACUCACUGUACUCACUGAUCGCUGAUGGGAAAUAUCGCGCCACCUCACUGGGUCGUAACAAGUGGAAGACAUUGAUUGGUUCGCAGGCCUCAUUGCAGACCCGCUGCAAUAAGGAAGGAUUCAAUGCAGUGGGAGGCGACCCUCGUCAUUCCAAAGCAAGAAUCGGCAUCAUUGCUAACCAGGAGAAUAACUGUGAUUCCUGUGACUCCCGAAUUGGUUUUGGCACAGGGGGUAAUCAUGAUGACUCAAACACAUGUGGAAAUCAGGCAACAUACUCCCCUGAUAAUGGACACAAGCACAUCAAAGCCAUGGGGUACAUCCUAGUACAGUAAUAGGGGACACAGUUUAACCUCCCAAAUUUUAAGCCGAGAAGCCAUCAUGAAGAAGAAAAUGUCGUGUCCUAAAACCUGAAAGGCUAAUAAAGCAAUGAGUUUAACCUUA